UCGACUAUUUCCUUAGUCACUUUUUCCAAGGAAUGACUUUUACGUAAAUAGUCCUUAGAUUUUCUAUUCUAAAGUAUUUUGCAGUAAAUGAACAUAUUUACGAAAUUUGUUCAGCCCUGGUCAUGUCGCAAACGCCGGUAAGUGCAACAUUAAGAUCGCAAUGAGCGCGGGAAAACGUGGAGCGUUGAUCAUAUUUGAAGGAUGUGACCGGAGUGGAAAGACCACUCAAAGCAGGCUGUUGGUUGAGCUCUUGAAAUCGAAGGGCAUUCCGACAUUGCCCAUGAAUUUUCCGGAACGGAGUUCCAGCAUUGGCCAGGUGAUAAACUCCUAUUUAACCAACAGCAAGGAUCUGCCGGAUGAGGUGAUUCACUUAAUGUUCUCCGCCAACCGCUGGGAGCACAUGAACCAGGUGAAGCAGAAGCUGCUUGAGGGCACCACAUUGGUUGUGGAUCGAUAUUCGUUCUCUGGCGUGGCAUAUAGUGCAGCCAAGGGAUUAGACUUUGAUUGGUGCUAUGCUCCGGAAAGGGGUCUCAUAAAACCAGAUGCUGUAUUUUACCUAAGAGCACCAUCAAACGACCUUACAAAUCGAGGACAAUACGGCGAAGAGCGUUAUGAGAAAGUAGAAUUCCAAGGUCGUGUGGCCGAAGUAUUCGAUCGCAUUUGCUCCAAGGAGGCCAGCUAUUUUCACAAGUUCGAUGCCACACAGUCUGUAGAGGAUUUACAUGCCCAGAUAGGAAGAAUUACGGAGGAACUCCUGCCCAAAGUGGCCACCCAACCCCUGGACACGUUAUCGUAGCACACCUCCUCGCGUCGCCAUUCAUUAGAGGGGAUUUACAUUGAUUUAUGCAAUACACGAAUGUUUGUUAUAAAUGUUUUAAA